AUGGAGUGCAGCGGCAAGGUGACGCCCCAGCUGAUGAUGGCUGUGGGAACUGCUGUAAUUGGCUCUCUCCAGUUUGGUUACAACACUGGUGUCAUCAAUGCUCCUCAGAAUAUAAUUGAAAGCUUCUACAAUGAGACCUGGACCAGCAGGUUUUCAGAGCCUAUCUCUCAGACCACUUUAACAGCGCUGUGGUCAAUCUCUGUAGCCAUUUUCUCUGUGGGAGGAAUGUUCGGCUCCUUCUCUGUUGGCCUCUUUGUUAACCGCUUCGGCAGGAGGAACUCCAUGCUCAUGACCAAUGUGCUCGCCUUUACUGCUGCUGCAUUUAUGGGCUUCUCCAAGCUGGCUGCUUCCUGGGAGAUGCUCAUCAUUGGACGCUUCAUAGUGGGUCUCUACUCAGGCCUGUCCACUGGCUUUGUGCCAAUGUAUGUUGAGGAAAUCUCACCCACAUCUAUCCGUGGAGCAUUGGGUACUCUGCAUCAGCUUGGCGUAGUGACGGGCAUUCUCAUGGCACAGAUUUUUGGGAUUGAAUCCAUCAUGGGGAAUGCCUCCCUGUGGCCCCUCCUGUUAGGUUUCACUCUACUGCCAGCUGUUGUACAGUGUGUCCUGCUGCCCUUCUGUCCUGAAAGCCCUCGAUACCUCCUCAUCAAUUGCAAUGAGGAGAGCAAAGCACUUAGCGUGUUAAUAAAGCUGCGAGGCACUGAAAAUGUAAAUGAGGACAUGCAGGAGAUGAGAGAGGAGAGCCAGAAGAUGAUGAGUGAGAAGAAAGUGACCAUACCUGAGCUGUUCCGCUCUCCCAUCUACCGCCAGCCCAUCUUUGUCGCCAUCAUGAUGCAGCUCUCACAGCAGCUGUCUGGAAUCAAUGCAGUGUUUUACUACUCCACUGGGAUAUUUGCAAGAGCAGGUGUUUCCCAGCCUGUCUAUGCAACAAUUGGAGCAGGAGUGGUUAACACUGCCUUCACUGUAGUUUCUUUGUUUAUCGUGGAGCGUGUGGGUAGAAGACCACUCCAGCUCAUUGGAUUGAUGGGAAUGGCAUUUUCAGCAGUUCUUCUAACUGUAGCCAUGGCAUUAUUGGACCAGCUCAGGUGGAUGUCUUAUAUCAGCAUUGUGGCCAUCUUCAGUUUUGUGGCCUUCUUUGAAAUUGGCCCCGGCCCCAUUCCCUGGUUCAUUGUGGCCGAGCUCUUUAGCCAAGGGCCCCGGCCUGCAGCCGUUGCAGUUGCUGGCUUCUCCAAUUGGUCUGCCAACUUCUUAGUGGGCAUUGGGUUCCAGUAUGUUGAGCAACUGUGUGGCCCCUAUGUCUUCAUCAUCUUCACCAUCCUGCUUCUGGGCUUUUUCAUCUUUACCUACUUCAAGGUGCCAGAGACAAAGGGUCGCACCUUUGACGAGAUCGCAGUGGGCUUCCGCCAGUCUGCUUCUCAUGGUGCUGACAAGUACUCAGCCCCUGAAGAGUUCAACAUCCUCAGGGGGCAUGAUCUCAACCUUUGA